AUGGAGUGUGUGUAUUGUGACAGUGCAGAUGAAACGUUGGAAAACUUGUUCUUUGCUUGUCCUGUGACUAAGGCUUUAUGGAACAGGUUGUUGCUAUGGUUAGGCUUCACCAGGUCAAUUGGUACUUGGCAAGAAGAAUUACAAUGGGUAUGCAACUGGCCAAGGAAGAAAUCAGCAAAAGGUGCUAUGACUAGUGAAUUUGCAAUGCUGGUGGCAGUACUAUGGAGAGAAAGGAAUAAUCUCAGGUUUCACACUAGACAAUUCAACAGCAACAGGUUGUGCAGGGAGAUAGCCAUUCAUAUACAUAUCAGAGGGAGCAAGCUACAGAAGUGGAAGACAACACUGGACUCUUUGAAUUAUAUGCCAUAA